AUGAGAGAAAUCAUUUCUAUUCACGUUGGUCAAGCUGGUGUCCAGAUUGGUAACAGCUGCUGGGAGCUUUACUGCUUGGAACAUGGUAUUCAGCCCGAUGGUCACAUUCCUCAAGAGCUCGACACUGGUGACAACUCUUUCGACACCUUCUUCAGUGAAACCAGCGCUGGCAAGCAUGUGCCUCGCACCGUCUUUGUUGAUUUGGAACCCACUGUUGUCGAUGAAGUUCGCACCGGCACUUACCGCAGCUUGUUCCAUCCUGAACAAUUGAUCACUGGCAAGGAGGAUGCUGCUAACAACUAUGCUCGUGGUCACUACACCGUUGGCAAGGAGCUCGUUGACUCUGUGUUGGAUCGUAUUCGCAAGUUGUCUGAUAACUGCAGUGGUCUUCAAGGUUUCCUUGUUUUCCAUUCCUUCGGUGGUGGUACUGGUUCCGGUUUUGGUGCCUUGCUUUUGGAGCGCCUUUCCCUUGAUUAUGGCAAAAAGUCCAAGCUUGAGUUCUCUGUGUAUCCUGCUCCUCAAGUAGCCACCUCCGUUGUUGAGCCUUACAACUCCAUUCUUACCACUCACACCACUCUUGAACAUUCCGAUGUCUCUUUCAUGGUGGAUAACGAGGCCAUUUAUGACAUUUGCCGUCGUAACUUGGAUAUCGAGCGUCCUUCGUACCUCAACUUGAACCGUCUCAUUGCUCAAGUCGUCUCUUCCAUCACUGCUUCUCUCCGCUUUGAUGGCUCCUUGAAUGUGGAUUUGAAUGAGUUCCAAACCAACUUGGUGCCCUACCCCCGUAUUCACUUUCCUUUGGUGACUUACGCCCCCAUCAUCUCUGCUGCCAAGGCCUACCAUGAACAACUCUCGGUUCAGGAGAUCACCAGUGCUUGCUUUGAGCCCAACAACCAAAUGGUCAAGUGUGAUCCUCGUCAUGGCAAGUACAUGUCUUGCUGCUUGCUUUAUCGUGGUGAUGUUGUCCCCAAGGAUACCAACGCUGCCAUUGCCAACAUCAAGACCAAGCGUACCAUCCAAUUUGUUGACUGGUGCCCUACCGGCUUCAAGGUUGGUAUCAAUUGCCGUCCUCCUGCAUCUGUCCCUGGCGGUGAUUUGGCCAAUGUUCAACGUGCCCUCUGCAUGCUUAGCAACACCACUGCUAUUGCUGAAGCUUGGGCUCGUCUUGAUCACAAGUUCGAUCUCAUGUAUGCUAAGCGUGCCUUUGUUCACUGGUAUGUCGGUGAAGGUAUGGAAGAAGGUGAAUUCUCGGAAGCUCGUGAGGAUUUGGCUGCCCUUGAGAAGGAUUAUGAAGAAGUCGGCUCUGACUCGCUCGGCGAUUCCGAGAUGGAGGAAGCCGAGGAAUACUAG